AUGAAGGUUGAUGAAACCUUUGAAGGACUGCAACUGAAUCUAAGUUUUCACGCGGAGCUUGAAGAAGAAUGGGAGCAAGUCCAUCUGUCCCGAGUAUCCUUGAAUUUCUCUAUAAUCUUGAUAUUCAUCUCUCUGACAACGCAAACUUCACAGCGUUAUAGACCAUCAAAAUCAUUGAAGAACACUUUCAAGCUCAUUAGUGCCAGCAAGAACCGAAGUAAGCUGCAGUCUAUUGUCUUCAAUCGAGUGCUUAACUUGAAAUUCCAACGCUUUGAAACAUUGGUGGAAAUGACAACGUCGUCGAAACACGCACAGGAGAAACAGAAGAUUGUAGAUCAAGACGACGACCUCGACGAUCUUGACGAUGUUUUAUCUGAAUUCAAUUCUUCAUCGCAAUCGCCACCUCCAAGCGCUCAUCCAAUAGCGCCUCACGGCCGGCCGAGAAACAAUACGCGCGUCGAUGCACCUCCACCUUCAAUACCCGGAUCAGGGAGUGCCCUAGAUCCAACGAGCGAAGCAGACGAGGAUGCGCUCUCUUCUGAAUUUGCGAAGGAGCUUGCACUGGGAAUGGAGAGUCUGAUGCGCGAGAUCACUGGCGAGGUGUCUAAGAGCGACGUGGAUGCUGAUGGAUCAGAAACAACGGAGGAUGAAAGGGCUCGGGCUUUCAAGGCUGCAUGGGAGGCGAUGCUGAUUGAGGGUAUGGAUGCGAAUAUCGCCGGUGCAGGAGACGCGUCCGCGAAAAAGGAGUCUUCCUCGACAUCUACGGCUGGUGGAUUUCAGGAUAAGAUCAAGCAGGCGAUGGAAAAGUUGAAAGAAAGUGAAACAAAACUAGGAGGUUCUACAUCAGGGGCGGGUGCUCCGAGCGAUCCUGAAUCGUUAGAAGCGUUAUUGAAGUCACUGGGAGAUCUCGGGUUAGGAGAGGGUGAAGACGACGAAAAAGAGCUUGCUGGGUUCCUCGAGAACAUGAUGGGACAGCUGAUGAGCAAAGACGUGCUUUACGAGCCGUUGAAAGAACUAGCCGAUGGGUUCCCUCCAUAUCUCGAGAAACCUCCGUCACCACUCUCGGCCGAAGACAGGAAAAGAUACGAAAGCCAGCUAGUUUGCGUACGCCAAAUUCUUGCUGUGUUCGAAAAAGAUGGAUACAGCGAUACCAACGCGGAGUGCAACAAACAAAUUGUCGAUCUCAUGAGCGAGAUGCAAUCGUACGGAUCUCCUCCCUCUGAAAUUAUGGGCCCACUUCCCGCUGGCCUUGACGGCGCAGGUGGCAUUCCCGGACUCAAUGAUGAGAACUGCACCAUCGCAUAA